CAGUUUGAAUUUGGAUGACAUGGCGCAGCCAAUUCCUGUUGACAUUCUCUCGGAUUCUGAUACCGACUCCGGCGGUAAUCGGCGUUGGGAUCUCCGGACCGAGGCUAUAGACCUCGUCACUCCGCCACCGUCCAUUCAAUCGAAGAAGAAACAGAGGACAGAGGCUUUUUCGGACCCUAGUAACUCAACGGUCUUCAUCAUCGACGAUGACCCCACGCCAUGCAAGAAAAGUACUUCUUCAUUGGGUCCGACAUCGUCCUCCACUCCGUCGGUCGUCCCUGAGACACCGUUCUCCGAUGCCUCAAUCGUCAAAUGUUCGAGAGGGAAAUGUUCGUUUUCCGGUGAAAGUUUUGCUACUGAUCCAUUUGUAGUUGCCGACACUCCUAUGCGUGAGCCUUUGGAAUCUGGAGUUUCAAUUGAUAAAUGCAAUGCAGGAAAGCACAACCGUGAACCUGCAUGUUCAACACAUAACGAUGCUGAAAUUAAUGGACGGAUAUGCGUGGAGUCAGAUAAUGAAUCUGAGAGUAUUGGAGAGUUUGGAGCAUGGAAGCAUAAUGAAUGUGUUUCUGCUGCUAAAUUGACGAAAGAAUCAGAAAUUGGUUCGAGAUUUGUUGAGUCAUCAUUUUCUCUUGGUACUCGCGUUCAAUUACAGAAGAAACCUCCCACUCAGAAUCCAGUCAAAGUGCACAUGUCAGAAGGCAAUUCAAGUCCAAGUUUUGUAGAAGAUGGCAUGUCUCUGGCAUAUGAAGACAAAGCUAGUACAAUGGAUGCUGUGGGCCAAAUCCCGAGUCAACAAGAUAUCAAUGGAUGCUGUAUGAAAGAGAAAAAGAAAGCAUAUGAAAUAAUGAAACCAAAGAGAAUAUCAAAGGAGGAGAGACUUCGUCUGUUGAAAGAAAAGAAACAACUGAAAGAACAAGAGAAGCUGCUUAAAGCUGCUUCAAAGGCAGAAGCUGCUGAGAUGAAAAAAUAUAAGAAGGAGAUGCAGAAGUGGGAAAAGGGGAAAUAUGCUUUAAAAUCCAUUGUAGCUGAAAUUGACAAAAAAGUGGUUGAACUGGGAUCAAUUGGAGGGCAUCUGCUCACAAGGUUUGCAGAAAAAGGGCUUACAUAUCGCAUAACCUCAAACCCCAUGGAAAGAACUAUUGUAUGGACUAUGGUAGUUCCUGAAGAAAUUUCUGUGAUUGCAUCUGAACCGAUUGAGAUUUCUUAUGUUUUGAUAAUAUAUGAGGCUGAAGAGUUCUGUAACCUUGUCAUGAAUGAAUCUCUUAUGGAUCACGUUCAGAGUGUUCAGCAUCGUUAUCCUCAUCACACUGUAUGUUAUGCCACGAAUAGGCUUAUGGCCUACAUCAAUAAAAGGGAACAAGCACAGUACAAAAACCCUGCCAACUACGCUGGUUGGAAGCGCCCUGCUAUAGAGGAGGUUUUAGCAAGAUUAGCUACUCACUUUUUCAAAGUACACUCAAGGCACUGUGUCGAUGAAGCUGAAUUAGCUGAACAUGUGGUUGGUCUAACUUGCAGCCUUGCGUCUUGCCAAUUUAGGAAAAAGUUGACAAGGUUAUCAGUUAAUGCAAAUGGAUCCAUUAUCCCUAAAGACUGCGUUGACAAGAAUUUAAUAAAGAAGAACUUGUGGUUAAAGACGCUGGUUGCUAUCCCUAAGGUGCAGCCACGGUUUGCUAUGGCUAUAUGGAAGGAAUACCCCACUAUGAAAUCUCUUUUGAGAGUUUACAUGGAUCCUACAAAAUCUGUGCAUGAGAAAGAAUUUCUGCUCAAGGAUUUAACCACAGAAAGCUUAUUAGGUGAUGAGAGACGACUGGGCGAGGUUUGUUCAAAGAGAAUCUACAGAAUACUAAUGGCUCAGUGUGGGAACAUCAAGACGGAUGAUGUUGAGAAUGGAGCUGGUUUCUUUACUCAUCACUCCACUUGAGUAAUGCAUGUGGUGCUGGGAUCAGACUUCCACAAUUGAAAAGGUUGAGGCUUUUGAAUGUUUUUUCCUCAUGGACAAGAGCAAAUCGUUCCCUUAUUACUCUUCUUCAUAUGCUGAGGCGCGGUUUGACUUCGAAGAUCGUGCUAAAUCGUAUAGUUUCAACGGGCCGGGUGACGAUCCUGAGGUGAAGAGGAGGAAGAGGGUGGCUGGCUAUAACAUGUAUGCCGUGGAAGGUAAGCUCAAAUCAUCGUUCAGAAACAGCUUAAAGUGGAUCAAGAGCAAAUUCACAGACAACUACUAUGAUUCAUGAACUAAUAAUAUAAGGCAACACAGAAGUUGUGGGCCUACCCUUUGGGCCACCCGAGGAAGCUCUUUCUGCUCCUUCCUGCACAUAUCAAGUCUGUGAUAUUAUGAAAAUUUUAAGUUGGGAUCUUUUCUUUUCUCCCUUGUGAGAAUUGUAAUAUUUGAUCAUGAACUUUGAGACGUAGUUUAAUGAGAUUGAAGUGGGCUUGUGUACA